AACCGCUAUAAUAUUGUCGGUCAGAAAGGUUAUUUACGAUUUCACCAACCAGACUCAGCAACAGAGGCUUGGUUGACUCAUUUCGGCCCUUUUCUGAGUCUGUCCGUGUUGUCAGAACGAAUAGUGGGGUUGAGGUUCGAUUCGACAGCUGGAAGCAGCAUGGCGUCAGGAGGCCCCAUGGUGAACGGAGACGUCUCCCGCCCUGCGGGCCAGCCGGGCACGCUGGAGGAGACGGUGCAGCAGAUGACCAUCCUGAUCCAGGAGAACCGCGACCUGAAAGAGGCGCUGCGUCAGACCAACCUGACCAUGAAGGAGCGCUUCGAGGGCCUGACGGUGUGGAAGGAGAAGCAGCGGCAGGAGAAGGACUUCCUGGAGAAGCGGCUGGAGGAGGCCCGCCGCUGCAUAGAGACGCUGACCGUCCAGAACCAGGAGCUCAGCAGGAGGCUGGAGGCAGGGGGCGGAGCUCAGAGCGCGGAGGCCGACGCCCUGCGCGCCCAGGUGGCCCGCCUGCAGGCGGAGAAGAACGACCUGGUGGCCCUGAACUCUGAGCUGCAGCUGAAGGCCGAGCAGGGAGCCGAGGAGGACUCUUUCAUCGAGAUCAUCAAGGUGUCGGACGCAGGUGUGGAAGACGUGAACCAAACGUGCGGUUCGGAGCGCAUCAGGCGCCCGGACCUCAGCAUGACCACGUCGCGGCAGGAGAACGAGGAGGCCACGGUGAGCCGGUUGCUGCAGUCGCUGAGGAACGAGACGCAGAGAUGUGAGCAGCUGCAGAGCGAGCUGCAGGCCUGCACUGCCAGAAUCCAGGAUCUGGAGGAGGAGAACCAUAAAGUGGAGAAAACCAUGAAGACCACUCAGACGGAGACGAAAGAAGACUCUGCCAAGGAGGAGAAGGUGUGUGUGUGUGAGUGUGUGUGUGUGUGUUUAUUCAUUUCCUCCAGCAGCAGCAGGAUGUGUUUAGACUGUCUUCUGCUCCAGGCGGCGUCUGAGGUGGAGAACCUCAAGUCUCAGGUGAAGAAGCUGUUCCGGGACCUGCAGCAGGCGCAGAGCAAGCUGGACGAAGCCGAAUGCAUGAAGAAGAACCUGCAGGACAGGUGUCGUGAGGUGGAGCAGGACGUGGCCACGCUGAAGGCCCAGUUGCUGGAGAAGCAGGCGGUGCAGGCGGAGAACGAGCGGCUGAAGCUGCAGCUGGGCAGCCUGCAGGCGCAGGGCCAGCUGGAGCAGAAGAAGGCCGACGAAGACAGGAACAGCCUGGCUCAGCUGAAGGACGCCUACACCAAACUGUUUGAGGACUACAACGAGCUCAAAGAGGAGAAGAAGAGAAAGGAGUCCCACAUGGUGGAGAGGAACCUGGUAGAGGACAUGCAGCAGCGGCUGACCGCUGCAGAGGAGGCGCUGGCCGUCAAGCAGAACAAGAUCGACGACAUGAAGCAGGAGAUGUUCCAGAAGGAGAAGGAGCUGGAAACCAUCUCUGUGUUCCAGGCUCAGGCCGAGGUCUACUCCUCGGACUUCUACGCGGAGCGAGCGGCGAGGGAGAAGCUCCACGAGGAGAAGGAGCGCCUGGCCGCGCAGCUGGAGUUUGUUAAGAAGCAGAACACGCAGCUGCAGCAGGACAUGGACUCACUGGGCCGGCGUUCUCUGAACGAAAUGCAGCGCCGCCACGGCUCCUCUGUAUCGGGCUCUCAUGGACCUGAUGCCAGUGUUGUAGGAAGAGGUACUGAAUGGAACCAGGGCAACAUUCCCGAACACGCCUGCCCCAAAUGCAACGAGAUCCUUCCAGACCUGGACUCCCUGCAGAUCCACAUCAUGGACUGCAUCAACUAGACCUUCCUCACCAGGAGCACCUUCACCCGAGUCUUCCUCUGCUCUCACCUGUACUGUACCUCCUCCCUGUGUCCUAUCCUGUAGGAUCCAAAGAUCUCAUAGUUUCUGGAUGGAAGGCUAAAGAGGCUUCAUCACUCCAGGCCUGCGGUAGUUUGGGGGUUUAUGGAAAAAGUGCAUACCAGCCAAUCCCAACGGUUGGCUUUUGAUAAAUCUAGCUGGAAAUAAACCCUCUCUUUUAUAUUAUUAUUGUUGUUUUUUUGGGGGGGCUUUUUUUGCUUUAGUUUGUUUAAAAAUAAAAAAAGGUAAUCUUUCUCAGAAUGUAUAGAUUUUAGAGCACUGAAAAAAACGUGGCGCCACUGAAAAAGGCAGGUGAAAAUAAUUUCAAUUUGCCACGUAAAUAAAAUCCCUGUAAAUGUUGUAAAAUGUCUCAUCAUAGCAGGAAACGAGUAGAAAGCAUAUAUGUCCCAUUUAGGAAAUGUAAAGUGAGCUACUUUACUACACAGCCAACCUGAGAGAGCAGCAGAUGAGGCUCCACAGUGCAGAACAGCAUGAGCCAAAACACUAGCGUGUUUUGUUUUUCUUUCUUGUGUGUUUAUAGUAAACCAAGCAAACCGAAGGUUUACAUCGCCAUACAUGCCAGUUGCCAUCUUAUGGCACGAUAGUUAAUAUUGACCACAGCUGUUAUAGAAAUCCUCUUUUAAAAGCCAGGCGUUUGGUUUUCACGUUGCUCUAUAUCCUGUCUCAAAAUUACCCUGUAGAAAUCUUUCAUGCUAUUUUUUUCUUCUUUUUUUUUUCAAUUUUUAUUAUUUGACAUGUUUUGUCUUGACAUUUCAGGCGUUCCAUAUAUAGAAGCUGGUUAUGCUAGGACAGUCUUUUAAAUUAAAAAAAUAAAAUCAUUAAUCUACUACUUUAAUAUAGAUAUCACCUUAAAUCUUUUUCCAUCUUUUUGUUUCCUUUUUUUUUUUUUUUUUUUUUUGACCAUAGAUAUGUUUUGUAAACACGGGCCUGGGAUGGUACAGGAGCCUGGCUUUGCAUGAAAACAUUGUACCACUUCUAGUUGUGCAUUUAAAUAAGGUUCAGUUAUAGAAUAUAAUAAAAUGUUUUGAGGUUUGUAAUCUCUGCGCAAUCUGAGCUGAAAAGUGGGAAAGAAUGUAAAUCUGCAUGGCAGACAUGUCCUACCAUGUUACCAAGUAUGCAUCUUCUAAAUGCUUUGAGAUUUUAUGGAGUCUCUGAUCAUCAUUUAAGCUCCUGAUUGGGUUUACUGUCAGUCUGGAGAGGAUGGGUAAGAUGAAGGCACAUAUUUUCUUUCUAUUAAGCAGAUGAAAGUCUAUAAUUAGAACAUAAUAUAUUUUACCUGUUUUAUGAAUAUGCAGGGAACUCUGUCACUUCUGUAUACCUUGUAAAUUUUAAAGGUUUGGAAUUCUGUGAAAAAAAAACUAAUAAAAUGAGAGAAUUUC